AUGGAGCGCGAGCUGGAGGAGCUGGCGGCGCGGCCCCCGCGCCCGGCCGAGCCGCCCUUCCAGGCGCUGGUGGAGGCGGCGGGCGGCCGCGGGCAGGUGCUGCUGGUGGGCGAGCUGUGGGAGCGCGAGCAGAGCCGCGCACUGCUGCGGGACUUCGCCCGGGCCGUCUUCCCGCCGGAGCCAGGCGCGGGCAAGCCCGGCGGCGCGGGGCCCGGGGCGCCGGGGGCCGGGGCGCCGGGGGCGCAGAGGCCGCCCGGGACGGCGGGGGCGCGCGCCAUCCGCUCGCCGCUCGUCUUCGUGCUGUGCCGCGCGUCCUCGCUGACCGCCCGCGAGCCGCGGCGCCGCCUGCGGGAGAUGCUGCGGGACGUGCGCGGCCGGCGGCGGGCCGGCGCGGCGCUGGUCGGGGUGCUGGUGGCCGAGGCCGGGCCCGAGGACGCGGUGGCGCCGGGGCUGCGGCUCCUGGAGGCGCUCCUGCGCGCGGUGUUCGGCCGCCAGGCGGGGGGCCCGGUGCAGGCGGCCGCCUACCGCCCCGGCCACCCGGCCUCCAGCUUGGCCGUCCAGGCGGCCGCCUGCAGAGCGCUGCAAGCUGCGGGGCCCGCGCGAGCAGUGGCAGGAGCCUGGGAGAGACCCGGCCUCCCAGCACUGCUGGCGUGCUUUUCUUGGGGUCCCUGGAGCCGGGGGAAGGAGCCAGAUGCCACCUCCCCCAGUGACCCAGCUCAGGGUCACCUCCAGGACCCUGAGGAGGAGCUGGCCCUGACAGACGUGUUUCCCAAUGGAGACUGUGAGGACCCCAGAAAGGGGCUGAGAGCCUGUGAUGGAUUUGUCCACGCUCCGGCUGAGCCCGCUGGAGACUCAAGAUGAAGGCCGGACACCCGGACUGCCUGGGCUCGAACCUGCACUCUGGGGACUGGCGCCUUCUCACUGAGCCCCCUUGCCUCCAUGGUGACCUUGGAAUGGUGGUAACCACAAAGGCCCCUGCUGCCAGGGGGCUGCCGCAUUGAGCCAGCUGGGAAAACUUAUUUUCCUGGAACCUGCCCCCACCUCAUAAUUUGCUCAAUCUCUGAUCACAGUGAGGUUAUUUGUUCUUUCUGUACCUCAGUUUCCCUGUACCAUUGGGACAGAUGGCUGUCUCCUUUGAGGCUCUGUGGUGCUGUGGCAGCCUGUGGUGUGUUUGCAUGAGCAUCCAUCAUUUCAAGUGCGACUGGAAAGAACUCUGGACCAGAAGUCAUCAGAUCUGGGGGGAGUGGUCUUAGACAUGUCACUGAACCUUUGUGGCUUCUGUUUCUCAAAUACAUGAGGGGACUACCAGCCCAGGGGCUCUCACCCAAUGCUCCAGGCAGCAUUGGAAACUUUGAGUGUGUGUGUGUGUGUGUGUGUGUGUGUGUGUGUGUGUGUGUGUGUGUGUUGGGAGGGUUACUGUAACUAUGAGGUGCCCUUGGCACUCAGUGGUUAUUUUACAACGUACAGGACAAUCUCAAACAGCAAAUUAUUGUUCCAUCCAAAUUGCUCAUCAUGGCAACCUUGAGAAACUCUGGAUGAGCCAAUCCCUUCUCCCUGUGAAAUUCUAGGAAGAGUCCCCUGGAGCAGAGAGGGUUGGGCUUCCCAAGAACCUGGCUCCCAGAGCAAGCCAAAAUAAAGACUGCAUUGCUGCCCUGGGGGCCUAUUGGGCCAGAGACAAGACAUCCAAGUACUUUGCAUGCCCUCUCUCUUCCUCAUGUUGACAUUGAUCUGUGCCAAAGCCUUUGAGAAUAAGAAUGAUAGGAAUGGCCCACAGCACCAAACAAGGAAAGGUAGGAAUAAAGACAUGGGACUUUCUCUCGAUCUCGGGCCCUUGUCCAAGGUCAAAGCAAACCCAGCCCAGAGGUGCCAAGUUCCUGAAUCAUUUUUUCUCUGUUUAUGAGUCAGACAGGGUCGAUGAUGUUCCCUUAAAAGCCAGGAAAGCCAUCCGUUCACUUGUAGAAGGAGCUCUGCAUUACCUCCAUUGCCUUCCUUGCCUGCCCCUGGAGUUAAUACGGUCUUUGGAGUGGCAAGCGCAUCUCCUGAUUUUCCAUGGUAGGAAGCGCUAUCUAAGCAAAGUAGCUGAAUUCAUUCAUUCGUGCACGGUUUGCUCAGCAGACGUGCUGUUGGGCAGGUUUCUGCCCAGGGUUCUGCAAGAUGCUGCAUGACUUCCAGUAGUUAUUUUGGUUUCCAUUUCUGGUACCAAAAUGUGGAAUUGGGGUUGAGGGGCUGUAUGAGAUCAAGGAGGGUCCCUCCUGGCUCUAUGCUUCAAUUUAUUCUUCAUAAUCAGCCUAAUUCAACCCCUCUCUGCCUCAUGGGGAUAGUGUAAGGGCAGACAGGGUGACAUCUUAUUUGGGGUUUGGUUAACAGCAGGUGUCAUUUUAAUAAUGCAAGGCUGUCUCACCGAUAAGUGGACCCAGCUGACCUCCUUCUCCGCAAGAAUGAACUCAAUGAAUUAACUUUUGAUUUUGUUUUAAAAUGGGGAGACUGGUAUUUUUGAAGCUGCUAUAUUUUUCUAUUUCUCUGUUAAUUUCUUUGUAAUAAUCGGGAUGGAGUUUUGUUAUUUGGUGGGGGGAGGGAGCUUUUAUUAAGUUAGGAAGUUAUCUAAGGCAGAAGUUCCAAGGCAGCCCGCCUCUGCUGUGUUCAAAAAUCUUUUGUAUUUGUUAACAAUAUUUGAGACUUGAGAGAUUGCACAUAAAAAAGCUAGUUUUCUAGGGUGGAGGAUGGGGCAAUGCCAUCAUCUCCAGUUUGCUGCAACCCCCCUCCCCUGAUUGGAGGCCCCCUCCCAGCCAUCUACACCGCCCCCCAUCCACUGCACUUCACUCACGUAAGCCACCUGCCUGAUCCUGGAGGACAUAUGAGUUUGCAAGCCUGUGGGGUAAAGGGUGGUUUGCAUAUUAUUUUUUCAUUGCUUUCAGUAUCUCUGGUGAAUAGUUGAAGAGAGAAGGUCUUUACUGCGAUUUGUGUUCUGCCUCCCAACAGAUAAACACAAGACUGAGAUCCUUCCGGGUCUAGCUUGGCUUCCUUGACACAUGGCUAAGAUAAGCACUGUCCUUUUAGGAACAGCCUAGUUGAUAUUUUCUAGCAGACAGAGGAGUUAGGUGCUGGAAGGGAUGACCUUGGUGGUAGAUCUCUUCCAAGGACUCUUCCAAGGCAUGAAGAUUGGAUGGGCCUGUCCGAGAAUAGAGGCCCUGGAUUAAGUCGGUGGUACCAGGAGCCAUUGGCGAAGGCCUCCGGUCAAGUCAUGGUCUGGACUGUUGGGUAUUAAUCCUUCUAAUAUGGCAGUAAUUGUGCUGCUUCUGACUUGAAUCAAUAAUUCCUUAUAUCUAAUAAAACCAAACGGUACCUCAUUGCUGUCUAA